CCAUCUUUGAGAGAGAGAGAGAGAGAGAGAGAAAGAAACCCCGAGAAAAUAAGAGAAAGAGAGAGAAAUGCGUCUUGCAGAGAAAAGGGGAUACGAACAAAACCUUGGCGUUUGAUUAUUCUUCUUCCAUUUCGUUUUCUCGAUUUCUGAUUUCUAAGGGAAAAAAAAAUGGCGGAUCUGUAUGGAACCAACGUUUCUUCUUCUGCCACCGCUCUCGCUCUCGAAUCAGAAGAUAUCUCUGCGUUUCUUCACCACUUCCUCCAUAAUCAGUCUUCUUCUUCUACUACUACUAGUACUAUUAAGGCCAAGCACGCGCACUCCUUUUCGCCUGCGCUACUACAUCCGGAGAAGGCUUCCGCCGCCGAAGUGUUGUCUCCACAGAAGGAUCGGCGCCGGUUCUCUCGAUCGGCGAUUCUUUCCGACUCCGACUGCCGAGUUAGGAGCGGAAUCUCUACGGCUGGAUCAUCUGCCGUGGUUGAAUCCUCCACCGGCAUUAACUUCUCAGAUCACGGGGCCUAUUGCCCUGCGGGUAUGAAGGAGAGUGCUGGGAACACUUUCAGUUCUAUUGCUGCUGUGGAUUCUGAGGCGAUCACGCUUUCCAGGAAGAGAAGAAUGUUUUCCAUGGAGAAUAGCGUGGACGACUUUGGUUGUGAUAGCGAGAAGGGUCCUGAAGCAUCGGAUGUGCCCUCGAAUCCAGCCCCGUCUCGGUCUUCUUCAAAGAGGAGCAGAGCAGCUGAGGUCCAUAAUUUGUCAGAAAAGAGAAGGAGGAGCAGGAUAAAUGAAAAAAUGAAAGCCUUGCAGAAUUUAAUUCCUAAUUCUAAUAAGACGGAUAAGGCUUCAAUGUUGGAUGAAGCCAUCGAAUACCUGAAGCAGCUUCAGCUCCAAGUUCAGAUGCUAACAAUGAGAAAUGGAUUAAGUUUACAUCCAAUCUACUUACCAGGAGCACUGCAGCCUACGCAGCUGCCCCAAACGGGAGCAGGUUUUGCUGAGGGAAAUCUAUUGCUUAGCAACAGUGGAACUGGCACACUUCCUGCUAAUCAAGAAAUCUCAAUGCAAACUACAUUUGAUCUUACCAGCCAACCAAUUGCCAUACCCACGAUGACAAACAUGAACAAUUCAGAUACCUCGUUUGGUUUUGAACAUUCAGAUCAGCCUCAUUAUGGACCCUUCAAUCUCACAGGAUCAUCCAAGGAAAUCUGCCACGAAGAGGCAUUACCAGAACCUCAAGGAGAGAUGAACUGCUCCAGGAAAAACUCAUCAUCUGGUGUGUCUUCCUAACCAGCCGGGAAGAUUUCAUCCUCAAACAGUCAGUAUGUAUGAAAUCACAGAAGCCAUUUAGAAGUUUUACUUGUUGAAACACUUAAGAAACUGCUGACAUGUGCAACUUUGUUAGGUUAUUUAUGCUUAAAAAGGUUAAACAUAAGGGAUCCGAACUUUUGAAAUUCCUUAACGUUUAUAACAAUGUUUACCAAGUUUUUUGGUGUUCAUUUUUAAAAAGCUAAUGAUGUUGCCUUAGGUUGGAUAGAA